UUUUAUAAACUAUUCCAAACAAGGAAACACGUCAUGAAGUGGAAAUACAUUGUGCCCUUUCCUUUGCCUGUCAGGCAGCAGUUACCAAACGUGUACCGCCACAAAAAAAAUCUCCACCAGCCAAAAAAGGAGAAGGAAAAUCAGCAUUUUUUUUCUGGUAUCAUGUUGGAAAAACUAACUCUGAUUUGAACAAUAUUGGGUUUUCGGUCUCUGUCUGAUUGCCUCAUGACAUGAAGUGCAUCCUGAAAAACCACACUCAGGGCUUAAUCUCCCCACAUACAGGAAGGCUGAGUUACCAAGGAGACGGAAGCUUCUGGGAUAGCCUCUCUGCUAACCGUUAGACGGACUAGCCGUUAGCCGUUACACCCAGAGGGAGACCAGACAAGACUCUCGGUGCCGCAUGUUUUUGUUUAGGGGGACAUCUUUAGCAUGGCGGAGCUGCACAUUAUCGGCCAGAUCGUCGGGGCCAGUGGUUUCCCAGAAAACAGCCUAUUUUGCAAAUGGGGAGUGCACACGGGAGGGGCAUGGCGUCUCCUGUCUGGGCUGAAGGAGGGUCAGACCCAGGUGGACGUGCCCCAGACAGGAGACAUGGCGUACUGGAGCCACCCGGUCGAUCUGCACUACGCGACCAAGGGGCUCCAAGGCUGGCCGAAGCUCCACCUCCAAGUCUGGCACCAGGACUCCUUCGGCCGCUGCCAGUUGUACGGUUACGGUUACUGCCAUGUCCCAUCCAGCCCCGGACACCACCGGAUCAGCUGUGCGACCUGGAGGCCGCUCGGCUCGUGGCAGGAGCAGCUGGCGGAGAUGUUUGUCGGCGGAGGACCGCAGCUCCGCAGCCCGGAGCUCAUAUACAGCGGGGCGGACAGGUACAGGCUGCACACCGAAGCCAUGGGGACCGUGGAGCUGGAGCUGGGCGUCAUCAUGAGACACUUUGACAAAUAUGGCGUCGAGAGUUAACGUCAACACGGUGGAGAAAAAGGGCGAUAUGAACUUGUGAUGGAUUUUAUACACUGCAGUCGGAUGCCAGACACAUUUUAGUAAAGUUUUGUACUUUUUUUUAAAAAAAAAGUUUCGUUUGUGUUUUAUACAGUAUGUAAAUAAAGAAACGGUCGUGGUAACGAAGUUGGUUUCUUGUUGGUAUAUCCUAUCAGAGAACUCUCGCCCAAUGUCAAGCUGAGAUUCGUCACCCUGUUAAAAUAAUCACCUAAGUAAUUUUUUGAAGUUUUGCAGGAAACACAAAAAACUUCACCAAAAGUGUAACAUAUGACAUUUAUUGAUCAUUUCGCUCAAAAAGGAUGUAACAAAGGAUGGCUAUUGACAUAGUAAUAACACUGUGUGUAAAUUAUGUAACUUAAGAGAAAUAAACGACUUGGGCAAUUUU